AUGGCAACUGAUGACGUUGAGGAGACCAUUCAGCGCAUCCGAAGCCACAAGGGCGUGCAGGCCGUGUUCAUUGUGAAUGCGGAGGGUGUACCCAUUUACUCGAGCCCGAGCGACGCAGCUUUUGCCGCCGACCACGCGUCGCUCGUCGCCCAAUUAGCAGCGAAGGCCAACGCCACGAUCCGCAGUCUCGACCCGACGAGCGACAUGACGUUCCUGCGCGUUCGCUCCAAGAAGCACGAGAUUCUGAUCGCACCUGAUAAGGAGUACGCACUGAUUGUCGUCCAGAAUUUGGACGUGAGCGUGGAGCUCGAGGAGACUUACGGCAGCACGUGA